GUCAAUUCCUGAUGGGCGUUUUUGAAGCAAUUAAAAUCUAUUAACGGCUCGAGUUUACCUCCUGUCAGCUGGUUUCUCAAUGUCAUUUGGGUCAAUGUUUGCUAAAACUUACAGAGUUCAUAGAAUAUUCACAAGAAGUGCUAAAGGAGUGGUUAAAAAUAAGCUGCUACAAGAUACACAGCUCAUAUCUCUGAUCUUUGUCUUAUUGAUAGUUGACGGUCUAAUAGUCACUCUGUGGGUUACUGUUGACCCAAUCGAAAGGCAGUUGAGAAAUCUUUCCCUGGAGAUAUCUCCAAUCGAAAGGAGUAUUGUUUAUCAGCCUCAAAUUGAAGUAUGUUCUUCACAAUUUAUUCAUAGCUGGUUAGGCAUACUUUAUGCUUAUAAGGGUUUACUCCUUGUUGUUGGAGUUUAUAUGGCAUGGGAAACAAGGCAUGUGAAGAUCCCUGCAUUAAAUGAUUCACAAUACAUUGGGCUGAGUGUAUACAGUGUUGUUAUUACAAGUGUUCUUGUUGUGGUGUUGGCGAACCUUGUCUCAGAGCGUGUGACUCUUGCGUUUCUCUCUAUCGCAGUACCCAUCCUUGCUCUGACCACUGGUUCCCUCUGCCUUCUUUUCUUCCCCAAACUUCACAAUAUUCUUGGAAACACAAACAGUACUUCGACUCUUGAUCCUAUCAUGCAGAGUAUGGGAUUGAAAAUAGAGUGUAAUACCAGAAGAUUUUUAGCUGAUGACCGACGCGAAUUACACUUCAGAGUUGAAGUUCAAAAUAAAGUGUAUAGAAGGGAGCUUCACCUUCUAGAUAAUGAAAUCAAUAAACUUGAACGACAAUUGGCCCAUGAGUGUUCAUCCUCAAGUUCUCAUUCAUCUAUUCCAGUUAAUAAGAAUGAGUUCGACGAGGUGAUGGGAAAAACACGUGGAAAAUCUCCGAGCAUUUCUGGUGGAAUACCACUUCUCCUAUUGUCCGUCCUUCCUCCUGUUAUUCCGAGAGCUAGUUGGCCAACAGAAGACAGUCGGAGAGGCGUUACAUUCAGUUCCGAGCCUAAGCUUGGUGAACAGAGAGCCUCUCUAAAUCUGCUUCCUCCUGAACAACCUCCUAAGCUAUCUGUUAUUGGAAAAUUUUUGAAUAUGAUUACACCAUCAGUGAGAAAGUCUUCAGCUCCAGCUGGCCUUGCUUCUGCAUUGAGAGCACAUAUGGAAUACUUUGCAGGCUUUGUUCCAGGAAAUAAUUCUGGAAGUUUAGAGUCUUCAUGCAACACCAGCCACACAGGGAUUAAUCGAGCUCCAUAUUUAAACAUUGAUGAUGACUAUGACAUUAGAGAAAGGAAAUUCUCUUUGGGCUACCCUCCCAGGGAAGAGAUCAGAGAUGAAGACAGGGGAAGGCGUCAAGCUAGGUCUUAUCAAAGUCUUUCGCAGCCGAGAGUUUCAUUUUCAAUUCAGCAUCAACAUUCUCAACCUAUUCUCCCUUACAGGGAGAAACCAAAAGGCUCUCCUCGCUUUCCUCACAGGAUAGUUCCAACAUCGAGCUUGGGUGAUUUGAAGAAGCGAGAUUACCUUGUUGUUACAAAAGGUGAGACUAAGAGUCGCUCUCUUGAGGAAACAAGAGAGAGGAAUAAAGAUGAAAAAAGAGGAGGAAGCCUUAGCCCUAAUUCUGAGCUGUGGUUUAAUAACGAGCCAAAAUCCUAA